CUAAAGUAUAUAAUUGGUUGAAGUGAAGUUUUAUAAUGAAUCAAAAAUUACGCCGGCUAACAGCAAAGUUAAACUCUUUUAAUCUCUUCAGAAGUCGGUAGUCUCUGAACCGAAGUUCUGAUUUAUCUUCUACGCUUAACCCCUUUACAACCUUAAAUUAUUUCGCGAAUGAUGACGAACCCAGAGAUGCAAUUUCGUGCACAUAGUCACAAAAAGAUUCCUUACGGAAUACGGUUCAUUCAAUGGAUUGGACGCGAUCGAACUCAAGCAUAUCGUGGGUGGGUGCUUAUUUUAACUUUCUUCGCGUACACAUCUUACCACCUUUCACGAAAACCCAUAAGUGUCGUGAAGGGAACACUGAAUCCAAAUUGUUCUGCUAAAGCAACUUGCCAUGGCUGGAAACCUUUUGAUUCCGAUGAUGGAGAUGAGUUACUUGGAGCAUUAGACUUGGCGUUUCUAUUCUCCUAUGCUGUCGGCAUGUUUUUCAGUGGUUUUGUCGCUGAACACAUGGACCUGCGGCAUUUUCUUACACUUGGCAUGCUUUCAAGUGGUCUCAUGUCUGUGUUUUUUGGUUUGGGAUAUUUCUGGAAAUUUCACAAUUUUGCUUAUUUUGUGACUAUCCAGGUGUUCUCAGGAUUUUUCCAGAGCUCUGGCUGGCCUAGUGUUGUUGAGUGUGUUGGAAAUUGGUUUGGAAAAGGAAGGCGUGGCUUGAUAAUGGGAAUAUGGAAUUCUCACACAUCUGUAGGCAAUAUCCUCGGGUCUGCUAUAGCUGGUGUAUGGGCAAGCAGCGAGUGGGGAUAUUCAUUCAUUGUACCUGGAUGUAUCAUCGGUGGAAUGGCUAUAAUUGUAUUCUUAUUCCUUGUUGUAGAUCCUAGUCACGUGGGUUGCACAUCUCCCCAUCAACACAAUGACGUACAGCCUCUUCCUGUUGAUUCUGAUUCUUCAUAUAGUACAGAAGUUGUUUUUAGCGAGACUGACAAAUUGAAGAAAGAAGAUAUUUUAAAAGAGCCAUAUGCAUUCAAAUCACAACCAAUUAAUGUCAAAAGAAAGUUACCACAUGAGUCACAUGAGUCAUCGUCAUCAUCAUCAGCUUCAUCUUCAUCGUCAGUACUUCCAUCAGAUGACUCAGUAGAAGUUAACGCUGUCAGUUUCUGGAGAGCGGUUCUUAUACCAGGGGUGAUUGAGUAUUCAUUGUGCUUGUUCUUCGCUAAACUGGUUAGCUACACUUUCCUUUUCUGGCUCCCAUAUUAUAUUGAAAAUACAAGUAUUGGUGGUGUCAAGUAUGGUGCUACAACAUCAGCAGAUUUGUCCACUCUGUUUGAUGCAGGAGGAAUAAUAGGUUUUCAGUGUCAAAGAAGUCAGGAAGGACGUGCUUAUGGCAAUCUUGGCGAUGAUAAUGAUAGUCUGGGUGAUUUUCAACAACCCCCUGAGCACCAUAACAAACACCUUUGCAUUGCCAAAGAACUGGGUGAGAGGGGUGGAGAAGGGUGUGCUUAUGGAAAUCUUGGCUGUACUUCACAUGAGUCAUCGUCAUCAUCAUCAGCUUCAUCUUCAUCGUCAGUACUUCCAUCAGAUGACUCAGUAGAAGUUAACGCUGUCAGUUUCUGGAGAGCGGUUCUUAUACCAGGGGUGAUUGAGUAUUCAUUGUGCUUGUUCUUCGCUAAACUGGUUAGCUACACUUUCCUUUUCUGGCUCCCAUAUUAUAUUGAAAAUACAAGUAUUGGUGGUGUCAAGUAUGGUGCUACAACAUCAGCAGAUUUGUCCACUCUGUUUGAUGCAGGAGGAAUAAUAGGAGGGAUUCUUGCAGGAUAUAUUUCUGACAAAACGAAUUGCAGUGGCAUUACUGUUGUACUCAUGUUGUUUGGUGCAGGACCAAUGCUCUUUAUUUAUAGAUUCUUUGCCAAUGCCAACCUCCAUAUGAAUAUUUUUUUGAUGAUGUUGACUGGAGUUCUGGUAAAUGGCCCUUACGCUUUAAUCACAACAGCAGUGUCAGCUAACCUGGGAACACAUCCAUGUCUUCAAGGAAAUACGAAAGCCAUGGCCACAGUCACAGCUAUCAUCGAUGGAACUGGAUCUAUGGGUGCUGCUCUUGGACCGCUUUUGACGGGUAUUAUCUCGCCUACGGGUUGGGACAACGUAUUUUUCAUGCUGAUUGGAGCUGAUGUUUUAGCAGCUAUUCUCCUCGGCAGACAAGUCUGGUUUGAAAUAACGAACAACUGUAUACGAGAAAGAAAACGAACUCGCUUGGCGUAUUUGGAGUCUGGAGAGGCUCGUUCAACAAAUGGAGAAACGCCGUGCUCGGAACAAGAACAACGGCUAAGCGAGCAAGAGCCACUCCUAUACAGUAGCUAAUACAGAGCGAAGAAGAAAAGAAGAAAAUGGAUUUAGUUACAGGUUAUAGUAGAGAUUUGUAAGUCGGAGAAUUUCUUUUUUCAAUUAAGCGUUUGGCUUAACAUUGCGUUACUCAGGGAGAUACUUUCGUGACUAACACCAAAGACAUCAAACCGACCAGUCACGGAACUGUUCAACCAAUCAGAGUUUAAAGCAGACAUGUGAAGCCGCUCUGAAGGGCGGGAAAGGUCGCGCGAGGUUGAUGACCUGAUUGGUCGGGACGAUUCCGUGAUUGGUUGGAAAACUCUUUGCAAGUUUAUUGAAGUAGAUAUGACAAAGUGAAGCAAACAAAUGUUGUUAGAUCUUGCUGGCUCGCUUUGUCGUUAACUAAACGCUGAUGUUUUCAUGUGAAAGCCAUUUUGACUAAAGAAAAUCUCAGCGGUGAGUUAAAGAUGUCACAGGCAUCCAAUCCUCCGUAGGAAAAAAGAUGGCGACUGGUACAUUUACCCAUAGUUCUUAGCGCAAGAAAACCUUAACAACG